AUGUACAAUACGUGCAUUGACACUGGCAUAGUUAUGUAUCGCCACUCUCGCAGACCGUCUUACGAAGUCUACGACCUUAACGAAUCCUCCACAUUUACGACCCCGGCUCCCCAGCAUCAUAAUCAACCUCAUCCGCUACAACCCCAGCAGCCAACAGCUCCUCGUCCUGCUUCCACCCAUUCGGCUGAAUCCCGCCCAACUUCAGCCUCCGGUGGCCCUCGCUAUUUACGCCGAGCUCGUCGCACCCCCGAGCCUCGUCAAUUGUCUCAUCGCCGAGCCGUCUCUCUUGACACUUCAACAAGACAGUCCAGAGAGCAGCAACAUCACCAGCACCAGCAACAACCGGCCCAACCCCAGCCGGCGCAUUCAAUCCCAGUAUCCGUCCAACCAACGCCAGAUAGUGGAAUCGCUGCAUUACGUCCUGCCCUCUCGGAAGCUCAUACAGACGAGAACGGAUCCACCGUCGACGAUCCCUAUCAACUUCUCGAUAGCUCAUAUUGGCCCUGGAGAACUACUACUGUCUCGUCACGCACCGCCUCGGCAAUCCUCUACGCCCUUGAGGACGCCAUCCGUCGACCUUUUACCUUCACAACCGAUUGGGACGAAGUGAAUGCUUCUAUGUCAGAUAUGGUAGGCGUUGCUGGUCCCGCUGGUCCGGCCGGGCCUGUAGGCAAUGGCCGCGCUCAAAAUGGUGCCUCUCGUCCACCCCAGCCCCCUGCACCGAUCUCAACACAUCCUCCGAGCGGUGUUCGUACUCCGACGGAUAUCAUGAGACAACGUCGAGAUCGCGAGGCACGCCGCAAGGCCGAACAGGAGGCACUCGAGAAAGAGCAGGUGAAUAUGGAAAGACAGAAAUUGCAGCAAGAACAGGCGCAAGCGCAAGCUCAAGCUCAACAUUACGCUGCUGGGGCUGCCGCAGAUGCUCCAUCACAACGCCGAACACAACCUCCUCGCGCCCCUAGGGGAGCUCAGCCUCCACCCGAAGCAGCUUCUGGGCCGAGCUUCCGUCCAGGCGCUGCUGCGACAUCAGGCACUGUUGGUCCAGGAUAUCCAGUACCUCCGGUUACAGCCGAUGUUCCUACUCAAGCCCGACCGGGCCCUUCCUCGAGCCAACAGCAAUUCGCCCCAGCUCCACAACAUGCUCGCUCACAGAGUGCAGCAGCGGGGACUGGCGGACAAACAGGGACUGGUGGGCUCUCUAGGCCUGGCCAAACUCCAGCUAGUCAAUCCGGGGCCCCGCAAAGUCUCCAGCAGCCCAAGCGCGCCGGCUUCCCUCAUGCCUUUGAACGAUGGGAAACAUUAUCAUCGCACUGGGAAGGCCUCACCAGCUACUGGAUCCGCAAGCUCGAGCAGCACAAUGAUGACUUAGAAAAGGAUCCUCUCAGCCAGCAACUCGCCCGACAGAUCACCGACCUGUCCGCCGCAGGCGCCAACCUCUUCCAUGCUGUCGUCGAACUCCAGCGCCUACGUGCAUCCUCGGAACGCAAAUUCCAAAGAUGGUUCUUCGACACUCGCUCUGAACAAGAGCGUGCCAAGGAGCAGGUGGCCGACCUGGAACGCCAACUCAAAACCGAGCGAGAAGGCCGGGCUGACGCAUUCGCGGCCGCACAAACCGCAGAGCAAGACAAAUCUCGAUCCGAGGAGCUCCUCCGAGAAAUGCGCCGCGAGCUCCAAAUCUCCCGGGAAGAAGCCCGCCGCGCCUGGGAGGAACUUGGCCGACGUGAGCAAGAAGAGCGAGAACGAACCACCUCCCUCCGCAAUGGCGAACCAACCCUAGUCGGCGGCGUCCAGGUCGUCCCCAUGGUGCAAGGUCUUCCAAGCCGGCACACGACGAGACCUACCACCCGCGAUGACCCAUACACCACCGGUCCCCCAGCCAGCGAAUACCAAAGCAAACCCGGCGACCCCAGCGCAAGCCACCAGUACUACGACGAAGGCCCAGGGCCAAUGUCACCAACAGGUUCAGACCCCUUUAUCGAACCAGUCAAGACAGAUCCACCCUCUAGCAAACCUCUCUACGCAGAACAAGGCUACAAGCAUGAUCCCACCAGCGCCGCAUACCACGGUGCCGGCGCAGCCCCAAGCUCUGAGCCAGAUGACCGCUCCUACGUCGGAAGCAGCGAAGCCGGAGACGAGGACUACGCGCAUUACCCACAGCCACACGGGGCAAUGGCAUUCCCACCUCCAGCCCCGCUGUCCGAGGGCAGCGACGACUACGAUGAUGGCGGCCACUAUACUACCGACGCCCCGUACUCGAGUGCGCCUGCCGAUGCAUCAACUCAAGCGCCUUACCCGCCCACCACCGCGGAUUAUAGCGGUUCAGGCUGGGGCGUCGGUACCGGUUGGGAAGCUGUUACGCCCCGACACCGUCAUCCGACUCGUUUGAGUGAUGUACUUGAAGAGGACGAACCUAGUCGGACUAGUCCUAGCCGUGCCAGUCAGGCCAGUCGUGCGAGUCGUAGCCAGGCGGGUCGAAGUCAGGCCGGGCGCAGCAUGCAGUGA